AGCUUCCGAUGUCCUUAUUGGCGGACACAUCAAGGUCAUGGGAACGUCACAGAAUAUACGGCGUCGUGAUUGUCGUUGCUUGGUAAUACUGCUAUAACGUUUGCUAUACUGCAGUUAUCGUUCAACUGAUAGCAAGCAUAUCGAAGAAAUUUGAUCUAUUUAAGAAGAAAUUUAUGCACUGGAGAGCUCAUCUUGACAACCUUCAUGUAGCCACCUAGGGGGCUACGUGCAACUGCUUGCGUCACUAUUUGUUAGUAAACAGCCGGCUUCUCAAUGGAUCUGGAAUCUACUGGAUUGCAGACUGACAGCUAUUAUAUUGAGUACAGUGCAUACCGAGAUUGUGCAAGUGAAAACAUGUUGAUUGCGUAGUUUUCUUUGCAUGAUGAGGUCAGCAUAUUAUUCAUAGAAACGUUGUGCUACUAUAAGGAGGCAUUGCAAUUUGCAGUCAGGUCUUGUUACCACAUAAGUGCUUCACCUUGAAUGACUUCCCGGGGUUUAGGAUCCGCAGCAAACUGCUAUGGCGGAAGAUUGCAAGCCUGAAGUGGAAAAUAAUCAGAACGCUGUUAGUAGGAUUACUACAAGACUUCUGGCCAGUUUUUCGGGUACGUCUUCUUCAGACUCACCAUUAAACUCUACUAAGCCCUUAAAACCAGGUGUUAACUGCUGGCAUUGUUUUUUAAAGACGGGCAGAGAUUCGGAAACCGCCAGCGAAGGUGACUUUGAUACAAGCGCUGAUGACCUUGGCGUGGUGAUCACCGAAAAAGACGGUCUUGUAAGUACUAUUUUGCUUGAUGAAACCUCAAAAAUUGUCGACCAAAAUCAGGCGGGUUCGGAAAAUCAUCGCAGUGAUAUGAUAGACGGUAUUUCAGCCGCGGAAGAAAGUUUAAAGAGUGCACAUCUUGCUGUUGAGGGCGAACGGCGCAUUAUCAGGGAAGUUAACACAGAAAACCCCAGUCUGCCAACUAAUCAAGAGAGCACGAGUAUAGUAACUUCAGGAAUGGCGAACCUGAACGAAAUGGCAAGAUUCACGGCCACCGAGCAGCAAGAGCACGAGCCAGGUACGAAUCUGCUACCUGACAUUUUUCAAUCAGCUGAUCAUGUACGACCUCUGCCUCUACCCGACGUCACACCGGAUUCUUAUUGCGGUUUUGAAGGUGAUCCAGGCCGCCCAGUAAACUACCACCACCGCCAUUACAAUGGGGAGAUGAAUAGCACGGACCAGGUUGUAGACAACGGUUCUGGGAGCUACCGAGACGAGGAAGGGGUAGACACGGUCGUUUUGAGUGUAGAAGAAAAGGCUGAUGCACCGGACCUGAAUGGCAGCGAGAGGUUGAGCGUGGAUACGCGAUCGCAGAGCGAAAGCGAGGUGUUUUCUGAAAUGAGCACGGGUACUACUGACACCGACGGCUACAGCACUACAAACGAAAGCGAUCUAGAUUUAGAAAGGCUGGAGUUCGGGGAGACGAACCUGAACGUAGAUAUACCGGAACAGUACAAGGAGUACCAGGGUUACGCAGACUGGAAUAAAUUCUUCCAAAGCAUACAGCAGAGGAGAGAAACUGACGAACGGGAAACCACACCGGUCGGCGACGAUAACAGCGAUGAUGACAUCGACGCUGGCGUUUCUAAAUGUUCUUUAUGCCACCGCAACGUCUCUGAAACUCCAAUGUCCAGCAGUGAGCCGGGGUCCGAGCUGAGCAGUCCGGAGAUCGAACUGACCGACGGGCAGUUCAGCCCUCUCCGUGUGCUACCGGGCGAAGAUAAACUCGUAUGUAAUGGUUGCUCUGAUAAUAUAAGUACAAACAGUAAGAAACCAAAGUCAGAUUUAGAUAAUUUGUGUGAUUUUUGUUUUAAAGAUGAUGCCUGCGACACGACCUCUUGUGAUACGACCCCUACGUCUUCUGACUUGGAACAGCUUGUUAGCAACACAGAUGACGCCCAGACAGAAAACAUGAAAGACCAUAAGGCGGACGUCGUUGAUAGCACUAAUGGCGACCGUGAAGGUGAAAGCGAAGGAGAUGCCAUCCCUUUCCAUGGCGGUUUAGUGAAAGUGGACGAACUUGCUGGAAGUCACGGGCAGAGCCACGGACGCCCGAAACCCCCGUUACUUGACAUUCAGGCUCCUAGCUUAGAUUUAGGUGACACAGAGACAAAGACCGAUGAUCACAAGGAUGACGAAAAGGAUGACCAAGAAAAACCUGAUUCUCCGUUGGAUCCAGCUCCAUUUGUGCCAAAGCUUCAAAUUCCUGACAAUAGUCCUUUGUUCGAGGACCGAGAAUUUAAUUUUGUCAAAGCCGAUUUUCGACGGUCAGUGUCACUGAAGACGAAUAAGACGCCACCUGGGACGCCUCACAGGAAAAAGGAGGUCCGAUUUGCUGACGCCCUCGGGUUAGAUCUAGAAUCGGUGCGUCACAUUUUCAAUAUAGAACAACCCCCUAUGAUCCCUAGCUCUGCCAUCAAAGGCCUGUCGAACACCUCUCCGGUCAACGACCCUCAGUUUAGAGUGUCACAGGGCAGUCGGCAUAUGUCCGAGUGUUUCCGACAGCCGGGCUGCGAACCCGACUUUUACCGACGCGUCAACGAUAAGAAGGUUUGUCUGGAGAAUACCAUGGUAACCGACAUGACCAUCACUGGGACAAUUCGGGUGGCGAAUAUUGCAUAUCACAAGAAAGUGUUUAUACAUUAUUCAACGGACAAUUGGGCGACUACGCAAGAUAUCCCGGCGAGUUACGUCGCUAACUCUUGCGACGGGCCGACGGAUCGCUUUGCAUUUACUAUCUCUCUCCCGCCGGAUUUCACGGUGGGGAGCCGGCUGAAGUUUGCCGUGUGCUACAACGCCGGGAGUCAGGUGUUCUGGGACAAUAAUAACGGAGAAGAUUACAUGUUUGAAUGUUACUUUCGAGCACUGCCCGCGUCAGAAUCAGACAAACAGUGGCUGCAUUUUCUUUGAGAUUUUUUAGACAGAACUGGCACUGCGACGUUCACCGCGGUACGUUAACAUAAUUAUACGUGUGACAUUAAUCAAGAGAAUUAGAGAUAUAUACUUUUGUUUACGGAAAGGCUAUGUUAAUUUAUUUAAAAAAAGAAAAAAAUACGGUUCAGCAAGCUUACAUUAUUACUAAAUAGAUAUGGUGCAAUGUUGUACUAUGUAAAUAAGACAAAUUUCAGUACACUAAUUGUUAUAAGAUUUUUAUUUUUAUGAUUUUCGAGAUUUGAUCUCCAUUGGAUCGGUAGAUGUAAGCGCCAUGUUGGCACCAGGUAUAUGUGCGUAUUAUACUAGAAUGAACAUACUUUUCCUAUUAUUUAAUGUCAGAACCGACUUGUUUAUUAGGUGCUUUUAGAGCUGAUUUUCUUUUCAUGUUGUAAAAUAAAGAUAUGAAUUCUGUUGAUGUAAACUUGAUUAUAAACCGUCCAGAAUAUAUAGUGCAUUGCCUUCACUGCCCUCUAAGCCAGAAACACCGGUAUUUUAAUGAUUACUGUAAGAAGCCCAUUGGAGGCAAGAUAACUAUUAGGUAGUGUGAAUGUUUGUUAUCCUCCUUUAUAUCUCCUAUAUCCUUAACCUCUGACAGCGCCUGGAGUGAAGUAAAACUAGAUUCACGUGCCAGUGAAUUACUUAGCUAUAUAUUGAAUCAUCGGUUAAUAUAGAAAAGGAAGGCAGAUAAGCACUGCAAGAGCUAUAUACAUAUUGCCCGCAUGUUGAUUAAAAAUUUCUGGACUAUAUGAAUAUCGGUUGUGAUGGAUAUAUAAAGAUCUAAUUAACUAGCCAUAUGUGUACAUGCAGUUAUAUAUAUAUACUUUAUGUAAGAUGAAAUAUAUUUCACGACUGACUUUAGACGUUGACCUUGUGAGCAGCAAAAUCACCAUCUUUGUAUUUUUUACCUGGCUCGGCGCAUAGUUGCCGAGCUACGUGUUGCGUAUAUAAUUCUACAGGUAGAUUUAAGCUGCUCUCGACCUCAGCACGCUCUGUGUGGAUGAGCACAUGAUGGAUUAUAUUCACCUUAGACGGCGGUGUUGGUUACAGGAUCGGCUGCCAGAAGGGGUCGACCCUGACACCGGACUGUGCAGUGAAAAUGUAAAGCAGAAAUUCUAAAUGCCGUCUAUAAAUUUCAUAGCAAUGCAUUUUUAUAUAUAAAGACAACGUGCACUACGAUCCACUGUUUCCUAUAUAAUCAAAAAAUAGAUGUCUCUCUCUUAGUUCCACCCCCACCCACCCACCCACCCCUAUAUAUUGUGAACUUCAUGUUAGAAAACUUAAUCUUAAUUUUCUUGUGUCCUGAACAUUGCGUGACUCAGGAGAAGACAUUGAGAGACGAGAUUAUAAACGUUAUAAACAACACAGUUGUUUUUUGGUUGUUAUUGUGUAUUUUAAUGUUAUACGAGAGAGAUUUUAAUGUUGCUAACUAAUGCCAGUUGACAAUUUUUUCUCUUUUUUUUUUUGAACGUCUAUACAAAUGAUACACACUUAUCUUCAUAUUCACGAAAUGCUGUAAAUUUGCUUCUUUCUGGACUUAUCCAGAGAUAAAUAGGCCCACUAUAUAGUUGACUGUAUUACUGCAAAUUUGAUUUAGUCUGAUGUGAAAUCGAUUCAGUUUCUCCAUUACUGAGUAAAUGUGUGAUAAGUCAAAGGAAUGAAAUUUGCAAAAUUUAUGAUAAUGUGUACGCCUGUUUAUAUUCUCGAUUAGUUCUAUCGUAUUCUAGACACUGUGUCGUUAAAUAUAGCUGAGGUUGCUCAAGAAAAUUGUAUACAGGAUUGAGAGACUUUCUUAAUAUUAUGUCCUAUGGCCUGGUCAUACUCACAGCACCAGGCAGCGUGACUGGCAAGGGUUUCUGAUGUGUUAUAACUUGUUACGUUAGCUGUGAUAUUAUUUUUAGGUGCACCACUAUUUCAUCAAUGAAUGACCGUGUUCAUUUGUACGACAGAUGUAGAUAAGUUCAUUAUAUCGUUUGUUACGGUCACUAAAUAUUAUAAAGAGCAAAUGUAAUAUA